CCCUCCCCGCUCGGUGCUUCGAGGCUGUUUGGAUCAAGGUCCCGUCAUGGCGUCGGGAGCAGGGGAGCCGUCCGCCGCGCACGACGCCGAGCUGGACGAGUUGCUGGACAGUGCGCUGGAUGACUUUGACAACAAGCCGCCGCCUGAACCCGCCGCCGCUGCUUCCUCCUCCUCGGCCAAUAGCAGCGCAGAGAAGCCUCCGAUGCUCGAGGACAGCAAGCUGUUCGAGACCCUCUUUGAGGGCGACAUGGCGUCCCAGGCCCGGGAGGAGUGGGAGAAGGCCAUGAGCGAGCUGGCCCACGAGGAGCCGGAGCUUCUGCAGCACUUCCACAAGCUGUCGGAGGCGGCGGGCAAAGUCGGAACCGACACGGAAUCCCAGCAGGAGUUCACCUGCUGCCUCAAAGACACCCUGCGUGGUCUGGCCAAGAAUGCAGACAACCUGCAGUCCUCGGGACUAGAUGGAGACGACCUCGUCAAGGCCCUGGAGGGCCUGGGAUUGGAGGAGGGCGGCAGCGAAGGAGGAGGAGGAGGAGGAGGAGGAGGAGACGAUGACGGAAACAUCCUCCCCAUCAUGCAGUCCAUCAUGCAGAACCUCCUCUCCAAGGAAGUGCUCUAUCCGUCUCUCAAGGAGAUCACCGCCAAGUACCCAGAAUGGCUGGAGGCCAACAAGCCCAGCCUGAGCCCGGAGGACUACCAGCGCUACGAGCAGCAGUCCCAGAUCAUGGGCGAGAUCUGCAAGGGCUUCGAGGUCGAGGAGGCCGGAGAUAAAGACGCCGCGUUCGAGAGCAUCAUGGACCUCAUGCAGAAGCUGCAGGACCUCGGUCAGCCCCCCAAAGAGCUCGCGGGCGACGCGCCUCCAGGCUUCAACUUUGACAUGGAGUCCCUGAACCUCCCGGGAGGCCCCGGGGCCGCGGCGGCAGAGCAGUGCUCCGUCAUGUGAUAAGGCGGUGGCGCCGCCCUUCCAGAACCCCCCCCCCCCCCCCCCCGGAGGUCACGAGGUCAUAGGGGUCACUGUGCGCGUCAGUCUACGGGCAGGGAGUGAAGGAGUGUGACCACACCGGUUGAGACUGCUCUCAAUCGAGUGGAAGGUGUGUGUGGAUGCAGACAACAACAACAACAACAACUACAACAGAAGGGAGAGGAGGAGGCAUGAAAACCAACGGGAGCCUCACACCAAACGCACUCUCUCCUGUCUAAACAUCUCUGAACGCACAGCUGAGAACAUUUCAACAGAUCUGCAUUAGUUGCCGUUGCCGCGGUUACGGUUUAGUUUUAACAGCCUUUCUUUAAAAAAAGAAGUCCUUCUUCACGUUGUUUUUAAUACUGUUUAGCCUCAUGGUAAACAUCUCUCAAGCCACCUCGCAGGUAUUAACAGUGCCUUUGUUUCUUCUUCUUUUUGCAAAAUUACUAUCGAAGUUAUUAUUUGUUGUUCUUUUUUUAGACUUUUUUCAUUCAGCUCAUAAGAUUAUAGUUUUAAAGUGGGGUGAAUUCUGCAUUGUCGUCCCACUUCUACACCCAAGUGAUCAUUCUGUGGUGCGUCAUGAAACACACACACACACACACACCUAUGCUUUGUGUAGAGGAGACUUAACGAGUUAAUUAUUGACGUGUCAGGAAACUGAAAGAAAAGCUUGUGUACAUUUGUUAAUUAUUUAAAUGAUUUAAAAAAUACUAGAGGGGUUCCCAGCGCCAACUGUAAUCCAGCAAACUAAUUUAACCCCUCCCUCCCCUGAGUGGUAUCUCCCUAAUCCCAUGUAUUGAUUGGAAAUGAUUGAUCAUGACUCCCGGUGUGUUUAAUGUGCAGAGUGAUGCUUUCUUUGUCGGGACAGAAGGAACUCUUGAGGGAUAUUCAGGAGUGUUUACCACCGUAUACUUUCAGUUUUUUGUCCUGUGAGGAGAGAAACGUCCACGGGCCAGAUGACGUGUUGGCUGUGAGGACGAGAAGUCACAUGACCAUCAGCUCCUCAAUAACUGUAUAAUAAAGAAAUGUAUUCAACUCUCAGGGCCGAUGCAAAGCGUCCCCACGGCACCGUAAGAAAUAAUAAAAGCAUCCUGUUAUUUGACAGUCUUGUUUUGUAAAUAUAUUAAAUAAAAUAAUUGUAUAAUCUAA